CAGUGCCGGACAAGUCCUACCGGUUGUGCGGCGCUGGAGUUUUAAGCUAACUUCCCUGUGUGUGUGUGUGUGUAUAUAUAUCAGUGAUGGCGGUGUGACGAUGGACGGGAGCUGAGGUAGUCUGCUGCCCACACCUCACCCGGGUUAAUUUCUCAACAAACCCAGACAAGAGUGUUUGUUUUUAUUUGACCACGACAACAGUGCACACGAGUGGGAAAUGCACCAUCAUCUUCUGAGCUGCAGACGAGAAGAAGAAGAAGAAGAAGCACCUGCAGUGCCGAUUUGUUGAGGGGAGUCGUUCAGCAAGUGCCACACAAGAGGACUACAACUCCCAGCAGCAGGAAGAGGAUGACGAUGUAAUGUGAUAUUAAAGCUCCCAAAAGACAGAGGCAGUAAUUCACCAUGCACAGUCCUGCUCCAGAUAUCAUGGCAGGAUACCCGAGUGGAUCUUUGGUGGCGGACAAAGAUGCAAAUCCGGAGACGACCCUGGGAAGUGCCUACUCUCCCGUGGACUACAUGAGCAUCACCAGCUUCCCCAGGCUCCCAGAGGACGAUGUGACGUCCGGGGAGAACACCCUUAAAUCCCGCAAAGAUGAUGACAAUGUCCUGAGUGAGCAGGAUACGGACCCAGAUCUGUUCCUGAAUUCAGCUCGCCUCCAACGUCUCCCCUCUUCGGCUUCGGACCUGGCCAGCCAUGAUGUGUCUUUGCAGGAGACCAACAGAGACCCCUUUAAAGAAGACUGCGCUUGCCAGCGAGAUGGACUGACCGUCAUCAUCACGGCGUGUCUCACUUUCGCCACGGGAGUCACUGUGGCUCUCAUCAUGCAGAUCUACUUUGGAGACCCACAGGUCUUUAACCAGGGAGCAGUGGUGACGGACGCAGCUCGGUGUACGUCUCUUGGCUUCAGCGUUUUGGAGAAGCAGGGCUCCAGUGUUGACGCUGCCAUCACUGCUGCCCUCUGUUUGGGAAUCGUGCACCCUCACACCUCCGGGAUAGGAGGUGGUGGCGUAAUGCUGGUGCAUGACAUCCGUAAGAACGAGACGAGAGUCAUCGAUUUCAGAGAGAUGGCACCGUCUGCCCUCCACGAGGAGAUGAUGCAGACAAACCUCCAGCAGAAUCCUGGCUUGUUGGUGGGCGUACCGGGUAUGCUCAGUGGGCUGCAGCAGGCUCACCAGCUCUAUGGCAGAAUGCCGUGGAAGGAUUUGGUUACCAUGGCAGCAGAUGUGGCCAGAGAUGGAUUUAAUGUGACUCAAGACUUGGCUGGAUCUCUGGCUAAAGUUAAGGACCAAAACAUCUCGGAUGCGUUCCGCACGCUGUUCCUCCCCAACGGCCAGGCCUCGCUCCCCGGACAGUUCACCAGGCGUCUUGAUUUGGCGUCCGUUUUGGAUGCCGUCGCAGUUAACGGGAUAUCGGAGUUCUACAGUGGAAACCUGACGCAGGAGAUGGUGGCUGCGGUGCAAGCAAAAGGCGGAGUUCUCACAGACAAUGACUUUGGAAACUACACCACGGUCAUACAGCAGCCAGCAGAGGUCACCUAUCAGGGACAUCACGUGAUGGCGGCUCCACCUCCACACGCAGGCGUCGCUGUGAUCACUGCUCUCAACAUCCUGGAGGGUUACAACAUCACCAGCCAGGUGCCCAGGAACAGCACCUACCACUGGAUUGCAGAGGCUGUGAAGAUUGCUUUGGCUCUUGCUAGUGGACUGGGUGACCCCUUGUAUGAUGCCUCUGUGUCAGAGACUUUCACCAAGAUGCAGAGCAAAACACAGGCUGCCCUGCUCCGCCAGAUGAUCAGUGACUCUCAGGCGUUCCCUGCUGACCACUACACUCCUUCAUUUACCUUGGAGGAAGGUGCAGCAGCUGCACAGGUCAUGGUCAUGGGUCCAGACGACUACAUCGUGUCAUUCAUGAGCUCUUUAAACAAACCAUUUGGCAGCGGGAUCGUGACUCCCUCGGGGAUCUUGUUGAACAGCCAGAUAUUGGACUUCUCCUGGCCAAACAAAACACAGAGUUCAUCGCCAAAUCCGCAAAACAGAAUCCAGCCUGGGAAGAGGCCCAUGUCCUUCCUGAUGCCCACAGCAGUGAGGCCAGCCGUGGGUUUAUGUGGCACAUACGUGGCCGUCGGAUCGUCUAAUGGAGAGAAAGCUCUCAGUGGCAUCACACAGGUGCUGAUGAAUGUUCUGUCGUCGCGUAAAAACAUGAGUGACAGUUUAGCGUACGGCAGACUCCACCCACAGUUGCGGCCCAACACCCUCCUGGUGGACUCUGAGUUUCUAGAUGAAGACGUGGAGCAGCUGAAGGCCAAAGGUCACAACGUAGAGAGGACAGAUGUUCUCUCACUGGUGGAAGGAGCACGCAGAACAAACGACCUCAUCAUUGGUGUGAAGGACCCCCGUAGCACGGAUGCCUCUGCCCUUACCAUGUCCAACAUGCCCUAGUGUGUGUGUGUGUGUACCUCAUGCUCACAUGGGAAAAGUAAGAUUAACACCAGGAUUGAUGAAAAGUAAUAAACACAAUUGAAUGCAAAGUACUACUGCUUGACUGAGAAAAACAUUCAACAACAAAUCAUGCUUUUUUGUGUGAAACUAAUGGGGAUCCACUGAGGUUGUUAACUUGGGAAAAGUCACAAAAUUUGUAGCCGUAUGUUACAACUUAAAAUUCACAACUUCAGCCUCAGUCGCAGUAAAGUUAGUGUUAAAUCAGAUGCUCAGUCAAAGUUUGUGGACUAAGUCACACACGGAGCAGUUUAUUAAAUGAAUUUGAUGCAGUGGUAUAUACAACUGCGUAAGUGUCAGCAGGUUUAUGGUGGAUUUAUUAGUUAUUUUAAUAUCUUACACUUACACUCCAGGAAGAAAGCACCCUUUAGAGCAGUUGCUUGGUCCUGGGUUUAAACCACGUCCUGCGCCGUCACACCUACACAGAGGCCAUUUUCUCUUCCUGCUCUUUACUUGAUGUGAGACUGUGGUUCGAUGUUGUUGUUUUGUCGGUUGCUAAUAAAAUGCAUUAUUCACGCAACAGGAUCCGCUUCAGUUUAACAGGUGUUGAAUAUGAGUAAUUGCAGCUGAACUGUAUUUAAAUAUAUCAUUUAAGACAUUUGAAUUGUUGCAUACCGUAAUUUAGUUUUUGUUUAAAGCUUGUGGCAUUUUAGAGUCAGGGUACGUGUUUUUAGAAUGGGAAUAAUUAAUUCUUUAUAGACGGAUUAAAUGUAAUGUCUAUUUUUAUAUGAAUUAUUUAUAUUUGUUGGGCUGUUUACAUUAUUUCUGCUGGUUUCCAACUGCUUUCUUUUAAAAUUUCCUAUGUGGUGUUGCAAGUUCUUAGUAGUUGUUUUUAUUUUUAUAGUAACAACCAUCCACUUUUAAGCUUAGUAUUGUACUUUAUUAUUCUUUGAAUUGUGUCCAGAAUGGCCUAUGCUGACUGAUGAAAUAUUUCCUCAACCUUUUUGUGUCUGUUGCUGGGUACUAGUGCAAUAAUACUGUCCAUGCUUGUUUCUUGUACCGUAGAGUACCACGCCUUAAGGCAAACAUUUGCACAACACCUGAUGUUUCAUUCCAUGUGUAUUUGUAUUUGAUUUUAUCACAAAUCAACAUUGUCCAAACACAGUAAAUAAAAUGUUUUCACUGGA